CAUACCCCUCCAAAUCAUUGGAUUCAGGUAUUCCAAUCACCUCCAUGGCCACAGGUGUAUAAAAUCAAGCACCUAGGCAUGCACACUGCUUCUACAAACAUUUGUGAACAAAUGGGUCACUCUCAGGCGCUCAGUGGUAUCUAGCGUGGUACCGUGAUAGGUUGCCACCUGUGCAAUAAGUCCAUCCAUGAAAUUUCCUUGCUACUAAAUAUUCCACCGUCAAAUUUUUGUGGUAUUAUAAGAAAGUGGAAGUAACUGGGAACAAUAGAAACUCAGCCAUGAAGUGAUAAGCCACUUAAAAUGACAGCGGGGUCAGUGCAUGCUGAAGCGCACAGUGCGCAGAUGUCACCAACUGUCUGCAGAGUCAAUAGCUAAAGACCUCCAAACUUCGUGUGGCCUUCAGAUUAGCACAAUAGUACACAGAGAGCUUCAUGGAAUGUGUUUCCAUGGCGGAGCAGCUGCAUCCAAGCCUUACAUCACCAAGUGCAAUGCAAAGCAUCAGAUGCAGUGGUGUAAAGCACACCACCACUGGACUCUAGAGCAGUGGAGACAUAUUCUCUGGAGUGACAAAUCACACUUCUCUGUAUGGCAAUCCGAUGGAUCUGUCUGGGCUUGGCGGUUUCCAGGAGAAUGGUACUUGCCCAACUGCAUUGUGCUAUGUGUUUUG